GAGAGACUGGCUGGUGAAUGACAAUCAUGGCUCAGGUGCUUCAUAUGGACUCCAGUUUUCCUGGGAAGAUUAACCCCCCAGUGCCCCCCUCCUUGCAUGCAAAGGACCAAGAGGCUCCAUAUUCAGUAGAAACUCCUUACGGAUACCGUCUGGACCUUGACUUUCUUAAGUAUGUCAAUGAUAUUGAGAAAGGCAACACUAUUAAGAAGGUGCCAGUGCAGCGCCGGCCACGUUACGGCUCGCUUCCACGUGGCUAUGGCUACACAGGCUCCUGGUGGACCUCCACCGAGUCCCUGUGCUCCAAUGCCAGCAUGGACAGCCGGCACUCGUCAUACUCCUACUGCGCACCAGGCUUCCACACCUCGCAGAGACCCAACUUCAGUACAGCACGUGUAGAGAAAACCCUAAUGGAUGCUCGUCGGAAGCUAGAGGAAGAGAAAGAUGGCCGCCGUUUCUCAAAUUUGGGCAGCAUGCACAGCAGUAUGGCCGGCUCCAAUACAUCUCUUUCCAGUGCACACAGCUUCAAUCGUGCCCAAGGAGGGGGCUCCUAUACACCAAUGAGCUCCGGCUUGUCCACACCCGUCUCCCCGACACCAGCUCACCUGCAGCAUGUGCGGGAGCAGAUGGCCGUUGCCCUCCGGAAGAUCCGGGAGCUGGAGGAACAGGUGAAAACCAUCCCUGUGCUGCAAGUCAAGAUCUCUGUACUUCAAGAGGAGAAGAGGCAGCUCAGUGUGCAACUCAAGAGCCAGAAGUUCUUGGGACACACGCUGGGGUUUAAUCGAAACCGUCCAAGAGGCGAACUCUACAUUGACAUACCCGAGGAGGAGGCAGGAAAUGGGGCAGGAGCUGCAAACAAAGCCACAGGGAGUCUUUCACCCACCACUCCCGGCUCCCUCCAAGACUCAGGAUGUGAAAUAGAGGAGACUGUAAUUGUAGCAGGGGCUCGUCCGGGUGCAAAGCGGGAGGUGCGAACUGUAGGUGUGGGGCCCGAAGCAGAAGAAAGGGGUUAUCGUCAAGUGGGGGUAGGAGUGCAAGAGGAAGACUUGGGGCUGCUGCCUGAAGCCGAAGCCCUCAAAACCAAAGUGGGACUUUUAGAAGUUCAGCUGAGGAAAACCAUGCAGGAGCUACAGAGCGCUCAGCAGCAAGUGGAAGCAGCACAGAAAGAGAGGCAGACAGUUUGCCCUCAGGUAGACCACGCAGUGAGAGCUACCAGUCUCGGCUGGCAGGAGCAGCAGGGUCAGGCUGGAGCGGGCCUGCAUACUGUUGUCAGUUUUACUAAGCAGCCUCAUCAGCAGAGGACUGUGGGCAUCCAAGUCUACACGCUGGAGCAGCCCACAGUGGUGGGUGUGGGGACACUGCUAAGAGCCCAGGGCUGCACUUAUCCUGCUCAACUGGAGGCGUCUCACAGAAGAUAUGGAGAGUCCCCAGCAGCGGAGGAAUUGCCACGUGAGUUUCCCAUUGCAAUAAGCUCUAAGCAGGUGCGUGAGGUCUUGAGAAGUGAGGUCUCCAAAUCAGUGCCAGUGACCAACCAGGCAACUCCUAUGGAAACAAAGUGCAACCAAGUGACUGUGGUCUGCCAACGGCUAAAAGAAGGAGAGAUUAAUCAGCAACCAGCAGAAGAAGCCAUCCAAAUUGAUCCAGCCAACCCAGCCUCCCCUCAGUCUAACCUGAGGUCAAUCAUGAAGAGGAAGGCUGACGGGGAACCUGGCUCUCCAUACACCAAAAAGAACCUGCAGUUCAUAGGAGUCAAUGGAGGGUACGAGUCAACAUCCUCUGAAGAGAGUAGCUCUGAAAGUUCAGAAGAUGAGAGCGAUGCAAGCGAAUACCACGAGGCUACGGAGAAACUACCGGAAUCAGCGACACCACAGUCUCAGGUGGCCUCCUGCAUCCCACAGCCCAUCUCUGAGACACCAGCUGCCCAAACGCCUCAGCACAGCACUGCCCAGAUACCAGCCAAUCACACUGCAGCACUGCAGACCACCAGCCAAUCACACGCCAUAGAUGCAACUACCCAGCAACAGGUCACCCAAUCACCACCAGCAGAGGCUGAUGUACAGCACUGUGUCAGCCAAUCAUCAGUGACUGUCACAGCUCCUCUAGAGGGUGAUGUUCAAUGUGUUUUCCAAGGGCGUAACUCUCAAAGCAUUUCCACUUCUCUUGAACAAAACUCUGUCCAGUUGUCAUCUGCGCCGCAGCAGUCCAAAGCCACUGAUUCAAACGUUGAGACAGAUCACGGUCAAACAGACGUGUCGGACUUCUCCGCUCAGCAAUCGAUCACUCAAACACAAUCCACCAGUGCCAAACCUCAGCAAGAUGCUAGCCAAUCAAAAACUGCUGACCUCACACCCCAGAAAGGAGCAACACACUCUACUGAUGGCUCAGCGAAACAGGACAUAGCCAUAUCCUCCACCACUGAACCAGCUGCAGAUACAGCAGCACCUGCUGAUAAUCAAGACGACAGCCUGGAAUUGAGUGUUGGUCUCAUGUCGGCUCUGCACAUCUUGCAGAAGGCACUCAGCGAACCAAAUGCAUUCAGCCAUCAAGAUGCGAGGACGGCGUACACCAGCGUCCUGCAGGAGUGGCUCCGGGUCUCCUGUCAUAAAGCUGCUGACACCGCAGUGGUGAAGGCCUACAUGGACGCUUUCGCCUCCAUUUCCCCACAGCUCCUGGAGUUCGUCAUCAACAUGGCUGACGGCAAUGGAAACACGGCUCUUCACUACACCGUCUCUCACUCCAACUUCCCCGUAGUGAAGCUGCUGCUGGAUACCGGUCUCUGUAAUGCUGACAAGCAGAACAAGGCUGGUUACACAGCCAUCAUGUUGACAGCUCUGGCUGCCUUCAGCUCGGACAGUGACCUUCAGACCGUCCUACAGCUGCUCCGCACCGGCGACGUCAAUGCCAAAGCCAGCCAGGCAGGGCAGACGGCACUGAUGCUAGCAGUCAGUCAUGGCCGAGGGGACAUGGUGAAGGCUCUGCUGGCGUGUGGAGCUCAGGUGAAUCUGCGGGACGAUGACGGCUCCACGGCGCUUAUGUGUGCCUGUGAACAUGGACAUGUGGACAUUGUGCGCCAGCUGCUGUCUGUGCCCGGCUGCGACGCCACGCUCACUGAUAACGAUGGCAGCACUGCUCUCUCUAUCGCGCUGGAGGCCAGUCAGAAUGACAUUGCUGUGCUUCUGUAUGCACACCUCAAUUUCGCCAAGCCGCCUUCUCCUGUGUCACCAAAGUCUCCAAUUCUGGGCUCUUCUCCUCCGUCCUCUGAACUGAAGUAAACAGAAGUCAUAAAUCUGAGCUGUCUUUUCUUCCAGCAAACCUUCCUUGUCCAUUCCACUGUCUAUGUGUGUGUGUGUACAUGUGUGUGUGCACUUGUUUUUAUAACAUGUUGGGCACUUGUGUUGACUAAAUCAAAGUCCUUACUGGUAAACGUGCUUAUAAAUCAUACAGAAUGAAGUAUUUUGAAAAUGUAAAAAAAAAAAGCAGAUUGUUUUAGUCCCCAUUGAUAGUACCCAUCGCGAUAUAGGAACAAGUGAGAGAGAGAGAGUGUGUGUGUGUGUGUUUGUGUGUGUGUGUGUGUGUGUAUACACAGUUUAUCAUGUACAACUUUUAGAGGUAUAAAAAUUGUGCACUCUUUUAAAAGUCUUUAGCACUUGACACCAUUGGACAACAUUUUCUCAACAUAGGCUCAUUCUGAAAACGUAGCCGUAUAUACAUUUCUGGAGAUCGCGAAUUAUGUAGCCAGAGGUACGUAUGGCUGCAUUUUGUCUUUAAAACAAACACUACGGGGCAGUAUGAUGCUGUUCCUUUUCGCGCUUACCAGCUAACCACGUUCUUUCAUGUGGACGGCUUUCCCGCUGUUACCAGUUUGUCCAGUAGCUCCACAUGUACAUUGCAUGAUUUGAGACGCAGAUCGAAGCUGACCGCGGCGACGAGAUUUGAGUCUGGCGAAUAACGGUUCUAGAAAGCGGGUAAGAAUAAAACAGAAGCCAAAAAAUAAAAUAAACAAAUAAAUAACAGAAAGAGAAGGUGGUCAAAUCUGAAAAACAUGGUAAAAAUCAGGCGAAAACAAAGACUGCAAAAAAAACGUAGCUCCUGGAACACAUUUGGUGCUCUCUCCAGAAAUGUAUAUAGGGGUACGCUUUCAGAAUGAGUCUGGGUUGGUUUUUCUGUUCCUUUUGUAGCUUUUUUCCAUUAUAGCACCAAACACAGGUUUGAGAUUUGAUUAUAAAUAACAAUGAGCGUGUAACAGCAAUAUAAUUCAUCUAGUGCUCUACUUGCUGACAUGAGUGUUAUCUAAUAUACUAAGGAAGCCUGUUUUCAGCAAAGAAUGAAAACAGAAACAGGAAUUGUCCACAUGUUUAAGCCCACAUCUCACAAUUCUUCCUUUAUUUCUCAGAAAUUCAUAUUACUAUGAACCUAUUUUGAGUUAUAAACCUCUAAACAUUUAUGUGUAAACGUACAUCCCUGAAAAAAAGUAAUAAUUAUGGGAUGUAAACUUAGAAUUAUGAUUUAAAAAUCGAAUUAUGAUAAAGUCCUACACUAAACAAAAUGAUUCAUUGAAUUUACUAGAUUUUUUUAAGGUAAGUGGUUGCAAACAUUUUAUAUGGGCUUAAUUUAAACAAGCAAAAUUACAAAAUUUACAUUACUAAAUUUAAUUUGUUUGUUUAAUAGGCGACGCAGUGGCUCAGUGGUUAGCAUUGUCACCUCAGCAAGAAGGUCACUGAUUCGAGUCUCGGCUGGGUCAGUUGGCAUUUCUGUGGGAGUUUGCAUGUUCUCCCCAUGUUGGCGUGAGUUUCCUCCGUGUGCUCCGGUUUCCCCCAGUCCAAAGACAUGCACUAUAGGGGGGAAUGUGGGAGUGUAUGGGUGUUUCCCAGUACUGGGUUGCAGGUGGAAUGGCAUCUGCCGUGUAAAGCAUAUGCUGGAUAAAUUUAAGGUUCAUUCCACUGUGGUGAACCCCUGAUGAAUAAAGGGACCAAGCAGAAGAAAAAUGAAUGAAUGAAUUUGUUUGUUUAAAUUCAGCCCAUAUAAGUGAUAUCAAGUCAAGUCAAGUUGGCUUUUAUUGUCAUUUCAACGAUAUAUACAGUGCAGUACACAGUGAAACGAAACAGUGUUUCCUCAGGACCAAGGUGCUACAUCAAACAACAUAACUUGACAACGUAACACAGAAUGAAAUAAAAUAAGACAAACUAAAAUAAAAAUAAGAAUAAGAGUCCAAAGUGUGGUUUGUGCAACAGUUUGUGCAAAUAAGACAGGACAGACAAGACAAGACAAGACAAGAAACAGUAACGCCGACCAGAACACUACAGAUGUUGUGCAAAUAUUGGAUUGGUUUACAACCACUUUUCUUAAAACAUCUAAUAAAUUACUGUAAUUUUACAUUUAUAUCUCGCAUUUCUGAGUUUACUCUUAGAGUUUUGUUUAUAUCUAAUAAAUUAGUUUAUAUAUCAAAUCAGUUCUCAAUUUCUCUAUAUUUUUCUCAGUUUUGAAUGGUUUCUAUCUUUCAGUUUCAAAUAGUUCAUUUCAGAUGUGCAAGUCACACUGCAAAAAGCGAUAUUUGACUUUAAAAAAAUGAGUAAGUAAAUGGUUAAAUGCACUGUAAAAAGUGAUAGUUACUUAAAGCGAGUAAACCAAUUGCCCUAAAAGCAACAGGUUGACUUUACAAAAAUAAUGUAAGUAAACCCAUUGUAACUUGGAACUGUUAAACUGACUUAAUUUGUAUUAUUAUGCAAAUUGUAUUUACUUUUUAAAAAAAUAAGAGCUAAUCACUUUGUCCAGUACACGUUUAUUAUAAUUUUUUUUUCAGCUUUUCCAUAUCUAGCAGAAAAUCCAGAGUCCAGCGUGUCUUCUAAAUUCAAUACAGGCUACAAUUGUAGAUAUUAUAGACAUGAUGAAGCACCAAAUAUGUAAUAUUGUAAUAAUUGCAGUAAUUAUUUGAAAACAGACGUGCUAAAAUAGUCUAACACUAUAAAAAAGGAUUAGUUGACUUUAAAAAAGUGAGUACAAUAAGCAUAAUAAUAAAAAUUAUGUCAGCUUAACAGUUCCAAGUUACAAUGGGUUUACUUACAUUAUUUUUGUAAAGUCAACCUGCUGCUUUUAAGGCAAUUGGUUUACUCGCUUUAAGUAACUAAACACUUUUUACAGUGUAAACAAACUGUGUGCAUAAUUAUAAAAAUUAAGUCAAGUUAGUUCUAAGUUGCAACAGAAAUAUUUAAAAUUUUGUAAGUAAAAUCAUCUUGCCACUUUUAGGGCAAUUUUUUACAGUUCACUCAGGAUUGUGAGAUGUUUAUUAAUAAUUAGAAUUUCAAUUAAUUAAUUAAAUUAAUGCUUUUAUCUCACAAUUUCAAGUUAGAAUCGGCUACAAGAUUUAAUCUUUGAGAUAAAAAACAAAUAAAAUCUUGUGAGAUACAAAAAAUGAUAGAAUUCUUAGUUUAUAUCUCACAAUUCCAACUUUUUCCACAGAACAUUGCAUUUACAUCUUGCAAUGAUGAGUGUAUUGAGAUAAAAAAUCAGAAUUAUGAGAUCAUAAAAGUCACUAUAUUUUUUUAGCCCUGGACAGAAACAGGCUUCCAUACUAUGUUAAAUUUAUACGUGUGUAUUUACUUUUAACUAUCAGCAAUAUUUACAAAUCAUGCAGUCACACCCAUGCCACACAUGAUUAACAUUUUUAAGAACAACUAAUGUAAGUGUGUCUUGAUCAAGUGUCCUUUCACGGUUUUUACUAUCUUCAGUAAAGCAAGACAAACACAUUCUGAGUUUCCACACCAGCGGUUUUUUAGAUUAACUUUUGAUAGACUGUGAUUUUCAAUAAUAGACUAUAUUUGUCAAACCCGAUCUAGUUUCUGCCCUAGGAGAUUUGUAAAGCCAUCUUUUACAGGUUACAUUGUAUCUUUUUACUGAAUGAACUGAUCACACCUGUUCAGAUUCAUGUUUAUAUUCAGUGUUUGAAUCAUCUGGCCGGUGCAGUAUUAUGCUCUCUUCAGAUUGUAGCCUACUCUGUUUACUCUGAUUCAUGAAGGACUGCAUGAUUUUGUCAUUUAGUUAAAAAAUGGGAACCCUUUACAAUAACAGUACUUGAAUAAUGAGGUAUUAAUAUGUAAACUAAACAUUAUUAUGGACUAAUGAUGAGUUAAUGUGUUCACUAAUCAUAAACUAACUUUACAAAAUGAGUCACAAGAGUUCAUGUGUGAAUAACAGCCAACUUAAUUACUUGUUAGUACAUGCUUGUUUGUUAAAUAAUGUAUUAAUUACCACAUUAGUUUAUGCUUAAUUUAACCAUUAUGAACUCAGAACGUUAAUGUAUGAAAUUAUAUCAUGACUUUACUUGGAGGGGCACAUCAUUAACCCAUUUUAAACUACUCAUGAACAUCUUAUACACGUCUGUCUAGCACGUUUACACUAAAUAAAGAUAGAAAAGUGUUCAGUCAACAUCAACAUGAACAGUUUAAACACAGGAGUUCAGGAGUAGUUAUGAUGUGCCCCUGCAAGUAAAGUCGUGGCUUAAUUAUACAUUAACAGCCUAUGAGUUCAUGUUGAUUACAUUUAGCUUAAACUUAAAUGUUAAUUAAUACAUUAACUAACGACAGGUAUAAACCCGAUUCCAAAAGGGGACACUGUACAAAUUUUAAAUAAAAUCUGAAUGCAAUUAUGUGGAAGUUCCAAAUUUCAAUAUUUUAUUCAGUAUCGAACACAGAUGACAUGUCAAAUGUUUAAACUGCGAAAAUGAAAAAAAAGUAGAUUUUUUUCAUGACAUCAAGACGUUUCAAAAAAGUUGGGACAAGACCAUGUUUACCACUGUGAGGCAUCCCCUCUUCUUUUUACAACAGUUUGCAAACGUCUAGGGACUGAGGAGACAAGUUGCUCAAGUUUAGGAAUAGGAAUGUUCCCCCAUUCUUGUCUAAUACAGGCUUCUAGGUGCUCGACUGUCUUAGAUCUUCUUUGUCGUAUCUUCCUCUUUAUGAUGCGCCAAAUAUUUUCUAUGGGUGAAAGAUCUGGGCUGCAGGCUGGCCAUUACAGUAUAUAGAUCCUUCUUCUACGCAUCCAUGAUGUUGUAAUUGAUGAAGUAUGUGGUCUGGCAUUGUCAUGUUGGAAAAUGCAAGGUCUUCCAUGAAAGAUGACAUCUGGAUGGGAGCUUAUGUUGUUCUAGAACUUGAACAUACCUUUCAGCAUUGAUGGUGCCUUUAUAGAUGUGUAAGCUGCCCAUGCCACAAGCACUCAUGCAACCCCAUACCAUCAGAGAUGUAGACUUCUGAACAGAGCUCUGAUAACAGCUUGGGUUGUCCCUGUUCUCUUCAGUCUGGAUGAAAUUGCAUCCCAGUUUUCCAAAAAGAACUUCAAGUUUUGAUUCGUCUGGCCACAGAACAGUUUUCCACUUUGCCACUGUCCAUUUUAAAUGAUCCUUGGCCCAGACGAAACGCCUGCACCUCUGUAUUGUUUAAAAAUGGCUUAUUUUUUGACACAAGUCUGAGGCCAUGGUACUCCACUGGAAAAAAAGGUGGUUUGCCAUCUCCAGGUUGGAGGAAAGUCCUCCUCGAGUCCUAACCCCAGGUGGAGUAGAGUUUCUUAGGGUUUUGUUCACGAAUGAGGGAAGGAUGGAACAUGAGAUUGACAGGCGUAUUGGUGGAGUGGCAGCAGUAAUGCGGUGGAUGUACCGGUCUAUUGCGGUAAAGAAUGAGCUGAGCCGGAAGGCAAAGCUCUCUAUUUACCGAUCAAUCUAUGUUCCUAUUCUCACCUAUGGCCAUGAGCUUUGGGUCAUGACCAAAAGGACAAGAUCUUGGAUACAAGUGGCUGAAAUGAGUUUAACUUGCAGAGUGGAAGGGCGCACCCUUAUAGAUAUGAUGAGGAGCUUUGUCACCCGGGAGGAGCUCGGAGUAGAACCUCUGCGCCUCCACAUCGAGAGAAGUCAGCUGAGGUGGCUCGGGCAUCUUUUUCGGAUGCCUCCUGGAUGCCUACCUAGGGAGGGGUUCCAGGCAUGUCUCACAGGGAGGAGACCUCCAGGAAGACCUAGGACACACUGGAGGGACUAUGUUUCUUGGCUGGCCUGGGAACACCUCGGGAUCCCCCCGGAGGAGCUAGAGGAAGUGUCUGGGGAGAGAAAAUGAAUGAACUUUUAGUCGACAACAACAAAUGGCACGGUUGAUUGUGUUCACCGACAAUGUUUUAUGGAAGUAGUCCUGAGCCCAUAUUGUGAUUUCCAUUAUAGUAGCAUUCCUGUUUGUAAUGCAGUGCCGUCUAAGGGCCUGAAGGUCAUGGGCAUCCAGUAUGUUUUCCAACCUUGACCCUUGCGCACAGAGAUCUUUGAUGAAUCUUUGGAUGAUAUUAUGCAAUGUAGAUGAUAAACUCCUUUCUGAUAUUGCUCCACUAUUUUUUGGCGCAGCAUUGGGGAAAUUGGUGAUCCACUGCCCAUCUUGACCUCUAAGAGACACUGCAACUCUGAGAGGCUCUUUGUAUACCAAAUCAUGUUGCCAAUUGACCUAAUAAGUGGGAAAAAAUGGUCCUCCGGCUGUUCCUAAUAUGUACAUUUGACUUUUCUAGCCUGUUAUUGCUACCUGUCCCAACUUUUUACCCAAUUUUCCCCAAUUUUAUACCAACUUUAUACCCACAAUUUUUUUUGCGCAGCAUUGGGGAAAUUGGUGAUCCACUGCCCAUCUUGACCUCUAAAAGACACUGCCACUCUGAGAGGCUCUUUUUAUACCCAAUCAUGUUGCCAAUUGACCUAAUAAGUUGAAAAUUGGUCCUCCAGCAGUUCCUAAUAUGUACAUUUGACUUUUCUAGCCUGUUAUUGCUACCUGUCCCAACUUUUUUCAAAUGUGUAGCUGUCUUGAAAUUCAAAAUGAGCCAAUAUUUAGCUUUCAGCAUUUGAUAUGUUAUCUUCUAUUGUAAAUAAAAUAUACAUUUAUGAGAUUUGUAAACUGUUGCAUUCCCAAUUGCAUUUAACUGUUGCGUUUUAUUCACAAUUUGUUCAGUGUCCCAACUUUUUUGCAAUCGGGUUUGUACUAACAAGUAAUUAAGGCAGCCAUUAUACACACAUGAACUCUUGUGACUCAUGUACUAGUUAAAGUUAGUUCAUGAUUAGCACACGCCUUAACUCAUCGUUUAUUCAUAAUAAAGUAAUGUUUAGUUUACAAAUUAAUACAUCAUUAUUCAUGUUCUGUUAUUGUAAAGUGAUACCAAAAAAAUAAACAAAUAAUAAUAGCCUAUGUAGGUUUAUUAAACAAGGGCUCUCCAAAGACAUUACAGGUGAAAUAAUGAGAGCUAAUACACCGAUUGUUUUGAAUCUCCUGCAUAUUGUUUAACAGCUAGUGAAGGAAAUCUGAAGGUACGUGGUUUUCUCGAUGGAUGAGACCUGAUGUUUCUGAGUGAUAAAUGCACAUAAUGGUACUGGAACAAGUUGGUUGAGCACAGAUUGAACAAUGAUCUGGUGUAUUUUUGGUUUAUAGUUUAAAUGUGGGCUAAAUGUUGGUUUUGUCUGUGACGAAUGUAAGAUGUUUUCCGAACAAAUUAAAAUAAUAUAUAUACAUAAUCUCCAAAGUUUUAGAGCAAAGAAGACUAUAAAAUUGUUUUGUUUUUAGCUUUUUUGUAACCACACAAGUCGUUGGAUUUUAACCUUUUAAAUGAGGAGCUUUGUUUAAUUUGAGACAUGGAUUGAAUUUUUGUUUCGUUUACCCACUUUGUACACAUGCUUUCUUAUAACUAGUUUAGUGCCUGAUUACUUUUAUACUCUUUUGUAUUUGUUUUAUUUAACACUUUGAAUAUAUCUUUAAAUUUGUAAGAUCUGUUCACAGCUAUGUAUAUCUUUUGGCACCUUUUUCCAGCCAUGUACCUUUAUGUAAAGUACUCACAUUUAAAUUGGUUUGUUUGUUUGCCUCGUUUCUUUUUUUUUUGUUGUUUUUUUUUUUUUGGAAAAUAAAAUUAGAUAGUAUGAA